UACCAAAUCACACUUAGUUAUACAUCAAAAGUGAGAGUGCACUUACUAAAUUGCAAGAAUAUAUAAGAAGAAAAGAAAGCAGAAUAGACGUAAGAUAGACCAUACGAAUCUUUCACUUUUUUUGCGUGAUUUGUACGGUCUAUCCAACGCCAAUCUGCAAUCUUUUUCUCUCUUUUUUGUUGUUGUUGUUGUGCACUAAAGUGGAUCCAAUUCCUUUUAUAGCAGGUAGGCAGUGAAGACACAUAGAUUUCUGGCGUUGGAUCUUGUUGUGCACAAGCGGAUCCUACUCAUUUUGCAGCAGGUUUAUUUCUGAAAACCCACCUAGUACCAAUGAUUGUUUGGGCUUUGGGAUGAAGUUUUUUCUUGCACAUUGCGAUGAUCCAGUCAGCAUCUAGAAGAGCCUCUUUGAUGUUUUUUGCCUCAAUCUACAGGUAGGCAGUGAAGACACAUAGAUUUCUGACCUUGGAUCUUGUUGUGCACAAGCGGAUCCUACUCAUUUUGUAGCAGGAUCUGGGUUCGCGUUAUUAUCUGUUUUUUGUUGUGGGGUUUUAGUUUACUCAUUUGGGUUGCUUUUAAUUAGUGAAAAAUCAUACUUUUACUGUAAAAAUGGAUGGUGAUGAUGGUAGAGUUUCUGAGAAACCCUCUUACUGGCUUGAUGCUUGUGAGGAUAUCUCAUGUGAUGAUCUUAUACAAGAUUUUGUCCCCGGGUCGACCGCUCUACCCGUUCCGCCAUUGAAUCAAUUGGGUCCGGAUGGGAGUCUUGAUCCUUGUUUCUUUGGUGGUAUUGAUGGGAUACUUGAAAAAUUAAAGAAUGGUGAUGAUUUCAUACCGGAAUCGGAUAGUAAAGAUUCAGCUGCACCUGAAAUUUCCAAUUACAGUGGGCCACAAGUUAACAAGGAUACAGAGCAAAAGAAGUCUUUAGACGAAGGAAAUGGAUUUAGGCAUAAGGAACGAGAUUAUUAUGAUAAAGAAGAGAGAAAUGGAAAAAGGGCGCGACUUGGUGAUGAUAGCUACCAGAGGAGAGGAGGGCGUGGUAGACCUUUGGGCAGGAAGAGACUCCGCGAGAGUGAUGAGAUGAAUAGAGUAGAGAGGGAUCAAAGAAAAAGAAGAGAAAGUCGUGGGGGUGGCGGCGGUGGAAGAGAUAGGGACUGGAGGGAAGGGAGGGGCUAUUGGGAAUGGGACAAAGAAAGGAAAGAGAUGGUUCAUCGUGUGGGUUCAUGGGAAGCCGAUAGAAAUCGAGAGGGAAAGUUACCAACUGAGAGAAGCCUUGAAGCUUCUGGAGUUGUUGAGAAGAAAGAUGACAAACCAAAGGAACAAGCUCCCAAGGAGCAAGCACGAAAGUAUCAGUUGGAUGUGCUUGAACAUGCCAGAAAGAACAAUACCAUCGCUUUUCUUGAAACAGGAUCUGGAAAAACGCUUAUUGCUAUCCUCCUCAUGAAUAGUCUAUGUAGUGAUUUGCAAAAGAAGAACAAGAAAAUGCUGGCAGUUUUUCUGGUUCCUAAAGUUCCACUUGUUUAUCAGCAAGCAGAAGUUAUUCGUGACCAAACCGGUUAUCAAGUUGGCCAUUAUUGUGGUGAGAUGGGCCAAGAUUUUUGGGAUGCACGAAAGUGGCAGCGUGAGUUUGAAACUAAACAGGUCCUGGUUAUGACUGCCCAGAUUCUUUUGAACAUCUUGAGGCACAGUAUAAUAAAAAUGGAAGCAAUUAAUCUCCUUAUUAUGGAUGAAUGUCAUCAUGCUGUGAAGAAGCAUCCAUAUUCUUUAGUCAUGUCUGAGUUCUAUCAUACGACACAAAAGGAGAAAAGGCCAUCUGUUUUUGGCAUGACUGCUUCACCUGUUAACUUGAAGGGUGUUUCCAGCCAAGUUGAUUGUGCAAUAAAGAUUCGUAAUUUGGAGACUAAAUUAGAUUCGGUCGUCUUUACCAUAAAGGACCGCAAGGAGCUGGAGAAACAUGUCCCAAUGCCGUCAGAAGUAGUAGUGGAGUAUGAUAAAGGUGCUAAUCUGUGGUCCCUUCACGAACAAAUAAAACAAAUGGAAUUAGCAGUUGAAGAAGCUGCUCGGGCAAGUUCCAGAAGAAGUAAAUGGCAGUUUAUGGGCGCUUGUGAUGCUGGAGCUAGUGCAGAGCUGCGCCAAGUCUAUGGUGUAUCUGAAAGAACUGAAAGUGAUGGGGCUGCUAAUCUAAUUCAAAAGUUGAGGGCUAUCAACUAUGCUCUUGGUGAACUGGGACAGUGGUGUGCCUAUAAGGUAGCACAUUCUUUUUUGACAGCUCUACAAAAUGAUGAAAGGGCAAGCUACCAGCUUGAUGUCAAGUUCCAAGAAUCCUACCUGGAUAAGGUUGUCUCUCUCUUGCAAUGCCAGUUAUCGGAGGGGGCCAUUGCAGAAAGUAACUUGAAUGGCGAGAUGGAUAAAGGUGAUAAUCCGAAUAGUGAUCGGCCUGAUGAGAUGGAGGAGGGCGAGCUUCUUGAAAGUCAUGUUGUAUCUGUUGGAGAGCAUGUAGAUGUGAUUCUAGGAGCUGCUGUGGCUGAUGGGAAAGUGACACCAAAAAUUCAAUCAUUAAUUAAGAUACUUCUCAAGUAUCAGCAUACUGAGGAUUUUCGUGCUAUAAUAUUCGUUGAACGCGUUGUGACUGCCUUGGUUCUUCCAAAGGUUUUUGAGGAGCUCCCUUCCCUAAGUUUUAUCACUUCAUCAAGUUUAAUUGGGCACAACAAUACUCAAGAAAUGCGAACAGGUCAAAUGCAAGAUACGAUAGCCAAGUUUCGAGAUGGUCGUAUUAAUUUGUUAGUUGCCACUAGUGUUGCUGAGGAAGGACUUGACAUCCGGCAAUGCAACGUUGUCAUCCGGUUUGACCUGGCCAAAACUAUUUUGGCGUAUAUCCAGUCUAGGGGCCGUGCCCGUAAGCCUGGAUCAGAUUAUAUUUUGAUGGUUGAGAGGGAUAAUUCAUCACAUGAAGCAUUUCUGAGGAAUGCCAGAAACAGUGAAGAGACGUUGCGGAAAGAAGCAAUUGAACGGACUGAUAUUAGUCAUCUCAAAGGAGUGAUCUCUCGGGAGGCACCAACAGAUUCAGUUUAUCAGGUGGAGUCCACUGGAGCUGUUGUGAGCUUAAAUUCUGCUGUUGGGUUGAUCCACUUCUAUUGCUCCCAAUUACCAAGUGACAGGUACUCGAUUCUCCGUCCUGAGUUUAUAAUGGAGCGUCACGAGAAGUCAGGUUGUGCAACCGAAUAUUCAUGCAGGCUUCAACUCCCCUGCAAUGCACCGUUUGAGAAACUUGAGGGCCCUGUAUGCAGCUCAAUGCGCGUUGCACAGCAGGCUGUUUGCUUGGAUGCUUGCAAGAAGCUCCACCAGAUGGGGGCAUUCACGGACAUGCUCUUGCCAGACAAGGGAAGUGGGGUGGAGUUGGAGAAAGUUGAACAGGAUGAUGAAAGUGAUCCAAUUCCCGGAACUUCCCGGCACAGGGAAUUUUAUCCCGAAGGUGUUGCUGAUAUUCUGAGGGGUGAUUGGAUUUUGUCGGGGAAGGAUUCGUGUGACAGCUCAAAGUUAACUCAUCUCUAUAUGUAUGCUAUCAAAUGUGUGAAUGUUGGCACCUCGAAGGACUCAUUCUUAACUGAUGUGUCAGAGUUCGCUAUACUGUUUGGCAAUGAGCUGGAUGCAGAGGUAUUAUCGAUGUCGAUGGAUUUGUUUAUUGCUCGAACAGUAGUAACGAAGGCGACUCUUGUCUUCAGAGGGGCAAUAGACGUUACAGAGUCUCAGUUGGCGUCCCUUAAGAGCUUUCAUGUAAGAAUGAUGAGCAUUGUUUUGGAUGUUGAUGUUGAGCCGUCCACCACUCCUUGGGACCCAGCAAAGGCAUAUCUAUUUGCCCUUGUUACUGGUGAUGAAUCUGGAGAUCCUGCAAAAGAUAUCAACUGGGAUCAUAUUAACAAAAUUACUAAAACUGAUGUAUGGAGCAAUCCUCUUCAGAGAGCUCGCCCAGAUGUGUAUCUUGGCACCAAUGAGCGUGCUCUUGGUGGAGACCGAAGGGAAUAUGGGUUCGCAAAAUUGCGACAUGGUAUGGCCUUUGGACUGAAGUCUCAUCCAACAUAUGGUGUUAGAGGUGCUAUUGCACACUUUGAUGUGGUCAAAGCAUCUGGAUUGGUCCCUAACCGGAGUAGCCUUGAUAUGGUUGAAAUUGACAAGAUAGUGAUGGCUGACUGUUGUCUUAGAGCAGAAGAUAUAGUAGGAAGAAUUGUCACUGCUGCUCAUUCUGGAAAGAGAUUUUAUGUUGAUUCCAUUCGCAAUGAUAUGACUGCCGAGAACUCAUUUCCUAGGAAAGAAGGUUACCUUGGUCCUCUUGAGUACAGCAGUUACGCUGCUUAUUAUAAGCAAAAAUAUGGAGUUGAUUUGGUUUAUAAAAAGCAGCCUCUAAUAAGAGGCCGCGGUGUUUCAUAUUGCAAGAACCUUCUGUCACCACGAUUUGAUCAUUCAGAAGAACACGAGGGUGAAUUCGAAGAGUCAACUGACAAAACGUAUUAUGUUUUCCUCCCUCCUGAGCUCUGUUUCUUGCAUCCACUUCCGGGAUCCCUUAUUCGGGGUGCUCAGAGAUUGCCCUCGAUCAUGAGGAGGAUUGAGAGCAUGCUGCUUGCUGUUCAGCUUAAGGAAAUGAUUGGUUACCCUGUCCCAGCACUGAAGAUCUUGGAAGCACUGACAGCCGCAUCUUGCCAGGAGACGUUCUGCUAUGAAAGAGCAGAACUUCUUGGAGAUGCAUAUCUGAAAUGGGUUGUUAGUCGGUAUCUUUUCCUCAAGUAUCCCGAGAAACAUGAAGGUCAACUUACCAGGAUGAGACAACAAAUGGUAAGCAACAUGGUGCUGUACCAAAAUGCCUUAAGUAAAGGACUCCAAUCAUACAUCCAAGCAGAUCGAUUUUCUCCAUCGAGAUGGGCUGCUCCUGGGGUGUUGCCUGUUUAUGAUGAGGAUACCAAUGAAGAAGAAGAAUCGUCAAUGUUUGAUCAUGAAACAACAGAAAACGGGACUGUAGCAGCAAUGGCAGCUCUAGCUGGUGAUGAGUUUGAAGAUGAUGAAAUGGAAGAAGGUGAGCUUGAUAAUGAUUCAGGUUCGUAUCGUGUACUCUCUAGCAAGACGAUGGCUGAUGUUGUGGAAGCACUGAUUGGAGUAUAUUAUGUUGAGGGUGGAAAGUAUGCUGCAAACCACUUCAUGAAAUGGAUUGGGGUUGAGGUUGAUUUCAAUUUCAAUUUCAAAGAGACUGAAUACUCUAUUAGGCCUUAUAGCAUUCCCGAGAAUGUACUCAGGAGUGUUGACUUUGAUGCAUUACAAGGUGCUUUGAACAUCACCUUCAAUGAUAAAGGCCUACUGCUAGAAGCAAUUACCCAUGCUUCACGUCCGUCUUCAGGAGUCUCCUGUUAUCAAAGACUCGAGUUUGUGGGUGAUGCAGUAUUAGACCAUCUCAUCACGAGGCACUUGUUCUUUACAUACACAGAUCUUCCCCCAGGCCGAUUGACCGACUUGCGAGCUGCUGCUGUGAACAAUGAGAAUUUCGCACGCGUUGCUGUUAAACACAGCCUUCAUUUACACCUUCGUCACGGAUCUAGUGCUCUAGAAAAGCAGAUUCGUGACUUUGUGAACGAGGUUAAAAAUGAACAAUCAAAACCAGGUUUCAACUCCUUUGGUUUGGGGGAUUGCAAAGCUCCUAAAGUUCUUGGUGAUAUUUUCGAAUCAAUUGCUGGGGCUAUUUUUCUCGACAGUGGGUGUAAUACUAAAGUUGUAUGGGAGGUUUUCCAACCACUGUUGCAUCCGAUGGUCACACCAGAAACACUGCCAAUGCAUCCAGUUCGUGAACUGCAAGAGCGUUGUCAACAACUAGCUCAAGGUUUAGAGUACAAAGCAACUCGAAGUGGGAAUAUAGCUACAGUUGAAGUAUAUGUGGAUGGUCUUCAGGUUGGAAUGGCGCAGAAUCCUCAGAAAAAAAUGGCACAGAAGUUGGCUGCCAGGAAUGCCCUUGUUGUGUUGAAAGACAGGGAGGAAGCUGAAGCUAAGAAGGCUGAUGAUGGGAAGAAUAAGAAGAAUGGAAACCCGAGUUUUACUAGGCAGACAUUGAAUGAUAUAUGCUUACGCAGAAAUUGGCCUAUGCCACUGUAUCGAUGUGUGCACGAGGGUGGUCCAGCACAUGCAAAGAGGUUUACAUAUGGUGUACGCGUAAAUACUUCGGACAAAGGGUGGACAGAUGAAUGUAUCGGGGAACCUAUGCCGAGUGUAAAGAAAGCCAAGGAUUCUUCAGCAUCUCUUCUUUUGGAACUCUUAAAUAGAUGGUACUCAUAAAACCUUUGUGCAACUCUAGUCUUCUGUCGCGUUUAUCUAGUUUAUUACCUCUUUAUGUUUCUGUCAUUCGGGCUGCGUCCCUAGACCUUUGUACUGAGUUUCUAUCAGAUGCUCCUUGACUAUGUUAUUGUGGGAUUCAGAUUGUUUUCCCCACAUGUAAUACUUCUUUCGAAUAUUUUGCUGCUUAUGAUAUUCUGAAACCUUGUCUUUUUCAAAA